CCAUUCAUUUCCUCUCUCUCUCUUUCUUUCUUUCUUUCUCUCUCUCUCUCUUCUCUUUUUAUUCGACCCCUAAGCUCGCCGGAGGAGGUGAAAUCUUGUAUAGAUGGCGCAGAGAGCGGAGAAGGAAGAGACGGAGUUCAAGGUCCUCGAAACCCUGACGACCACCACCACGACGCUCUGCUCCAAUAACUGCGGCGUUACGGCCAAUCCAGCGACCAACAACAUGUGUCAGAAAUGUUUCAACGCCUCCAUCGCCGCCGCCGGUGUAGAUUCCCCUUCGAUCUUGAAGAGAACGUCGAGAUCCGUCAAUCUCAGGCCCACCACACCAGCCAGAGUCGUGAUCCGUCCCAGGGAGAUCGAUCCGGUUAAAAGAGAACAGCAGACGGUAAACCGAUGUUCUGGCUGUCGGAAGAAGGUGGGGUUGACCGGAUUCAGGUGCCGGUGCGGCGACCUUUUCUGCUCCGAGCACCGUUACUCGGAUCGCCACGAUUGCAGCUACGACUAUAAAACCGCCGGUCGCGAGGCGAUCGCUAGAGAAAACCCGGUCGUCAAGGCGGCGAAGAUGGUUAAAGUUUAAAAGUUAAAAUUCAAAUUUGAAAAAAAAACAAAAAAACAAUCUUCAAUCGUGGUUCAAGCUUCCGAUCUGUAAAAUUCGGACAGGGAGAUGCUCGCAGACAUUGAUUUGAUGCUGUCUGUUUUGUAAUGAAAAAUAUCAGAGAGAUUCUCUUCUCGAUUUGAAUUUGGAACUAAAUUUAAUUA